AUGGGUGCCAAACAUAUUCGUACUAGUCUACGUCAUCCUCAAGCAAAUGGUUUAAUUGAACGUUUUCAUCGGACUCUGAAAACUGCAAUGAAAUGUAAGCAUGAACAUCAAUGGUCUGAUGCAAUACCUUUGAUUGUGUUAGCGUUUCGAAAUAUCUUUAAAGAAGACCUGAAAGCAACUCCACCAGAAAUGGUAUAUGGGAAAACUUUGCGGUUGUCGAGCGAUUUCCUGGAACAAGGUAAUAAUGACAAAAUCCCAGAACAUGAAUUCGUGGAAAACAUGAGACAGAUGAUGUCUCAAAUACGAUCAGUUCCUACAUCAUAUCACUUAAAUGAAAAGGUAUUUUUACAGAAGGAACUGCAACAUGCUACUCACGUGUUUUUGAGGGAUGAUAAUGUCCGCCCACCAUUACAAACACCGUACGAUGGGCCAUUUAAGGUAGUGAGGCGUUCAGACAAGACGUAUGAUCUUCUAAUCAAAGGAAAACCUGUGCAGGUGAGUGUUGAUCGGGUAAAGGCAGCAUUUUUAUCAAGUGGCAAUGAAGACGUAAACCCAUCACGUACAGAAAAUAUGGCAGAUACUCGAAUAGAUACCAAACGUAGUAAUGUAACACGAAAGGGACGAUUAGUGCAGGUUCCAAGAAGAUAUGUUAAAUUUGACUUAACGUGA